GAUCAACAACUUGAUACAAACAAACGCAGGAGGCACCUCGUCGUCCCAAGAAGCCACGAAUCAGACACCCGUGAUUUCGUCAGUCAGACCAGAACCACCGCCCGGACACCCAGAAGCCCCGCCCACAGACCCUGAAAGUCAACGCCUCUUACCAGAAACACUACGCCAAGCACCAGAAAUACUAGGCCAAGCACCAGAAACGAGAUCCCAGACGCCCCAAAGGACGAGAAAAUCUCACGUCCCGGAUAUUCGCAAGCGCCGCCAAGUGGGCGUGGUUAACAGCAACAGUACACACGAGACUGCAAACCCACACUUGAAAGAGAAGACCAAUAGCAAAACAGACCCAAAGCCACCAGUGGGAAUCUUAAAAAACACAAAUUCUUCCCAGACCAACGACACUUUUCAACCAAAAACAUCACCAUCUAACAAAGUGCUCUCAAGUACGUUGUCGCUUUCAAAAAGUGAACAGACUGCGACUGACGGCCAUACAUUAGGUAUGGAGAUCGUUCAAAGUGUCACUUCGGCCAACCCCACACCGACCACUGCUGACCCCCCAUUGACCACGCACGGAGAACGGACGACAACAUUUAGUCCCAAUCGCAAUAAAGAGGUAGAGGCCACAUUUUCUACAACCCCUGCAGCUUGGGACAAAACUCAGAGCCCAGACUACGACGAGAUGAUCGCCGCGCUUCUGCGCGACUUGAGUGCCAAACUUCUUCAGCAUCAUCAGCUACAACAACAACAGCAACAGCAGCAGCAACGAGAUGGGCUGGACGGAUCAUCCAGAACCACGGGGGUCUCGGCCAACAAAGUGGUGGACGAGCUCAACAAAAUGGUAUGGAUCCCAGCCUUCAGCGGAGGUCAUGACCUGAGCCAAGACUACACCCCGUACCCACGACCUGCUCCAACGGCUUCUAUUUCCUAUCCUUCGAAGCCCAGGUCGUCCCCACCACCACAGAACUCCGAGCAGAAGCGACAGCCUGUAGCAUCGGCUGCACCUCAGACAAGUAUUACCUCGAUACCCGGGUCUGCAGGAAUGUUCUCAACACCAAAAUCUGGCCUUCAGGAUAACACGCCCAGUGUUGCUGCACACCCCGAACUGGAGAUGACCACAGCCCCACCACCAGCCACAGGGAGGAGCACAAUGAAGCCGACACAUGACGCCAAUGAAGUCAACGAGAAUCUCGUCUUGGGCCAGGCGUCUGGGAGAAGUAAAGGUCCAGGGCGAAGCAAAAACCAUAGCUCAGGACGACUGGGAACAAUCCCACAGGCUAUUAAAAACAGAAAAGAAAAAGACGCCAGUACCGUCCGAAUCAAGCAGAUCGGGGAAAUGAAUUUAAAGCCGAGAGUGGAAGGGAAAGAAAGAGGAGACCCAAUAACUCCAAUUAGCCUGAGUCCGGCGUUCAGACGAACAACGGCGACAACAGACACACCUAUAUUCAGCAGUUCUGCUUCUCCCAGUCAACGGGAGAGGGGAGACGUUCGACAAGGUCUGGGCACAAACCAGCAGGACAACCUAGAAGGCCCAGCACGUCGAGGCACAGAAGUUCACAGGGGAGCAACGCCAGCCUUAGACUGGGCGUGGCUAAAACAGCUGAUGGGCGGCAGUUCCGCUAAUCGCGCAACAGACUGGGCCUGGCUUCUGGACGCAUUACAGCAACUGUCACAGAACGCGCGGCUGGCGGAGGACAUGAGACAGAUCAGCAACAGAGGCAGGGAACUUGUUGGAGUUGUUACCCCUCAACCAUCCAAAGACAUCGAUGGGGAAGAGAAUCUGCUCCAUCACGAUGAGGUGAAGGAUGACUCCCACGAGUAUGGUACGGACAGAAAAGACUCCGAAGACAACAAUCGCGGUGACGGGGAGGAAGAGCUUCUUGACAACCCAUACUGGAACCUUGCUGAUGAUUCAGAUAACGACGAUGAUUCAGAUAACGACGAUGAUUCAGAUAACGACGAUGAUUAUGAACAAGAUCACAAAAAAGAGACUCGGUUGGAUAAAGAAAACACCCAUGAAGUCGUAAGUAAGCUAAAUGACAUGACUGCAGACGUAGGACAAGACACCAGGAAUGUGGAGGGCGAUGACUACACAGAAGAAGAGAUUGACAGCAAAGAUCACAGCGACGAUGAAAAAUACAAUAACAAAAAUCAUGGCAAAACAUCUAACGUGAGAGAUGCCCACGGUUUGCACAGAGACGAUUACCACACAGAAGCAAUCUACGACGUCAUUGACGAUAGCAGUGAGAACGACACCAGUUCCUCUAUUGAUACAUCGCUGAGUAAAGACAGCGACGAUGAAUAUGACAGUUAUGAGACAAGCGAUGAAGAAGACCAGAAAGACAAACAGGACGAGCCGUCUCUCGUUGAUAUGCAAAACGUCGCAAGUCAAAUCAAAUCUGUGGCGCAUGCUGACAAUACCACUGAUAAUAAGGAUCAUGGCCGCAAAGCUGAAAACAUUGGGACCGAUAAUGAUAUCACCAAUGAAGCAAGUCACAAGACAAAAGUGGCACCAGCUGACUAUGACGACAGCAACAUCAGGGACAAGGACUUUGUCCAAAGCCCCGACUCUCACGUCGACUCCAGCGAGAAGUCUGACAAGAACAGUGAUGAACUUGAAGAAGAGGACACGGACGAGGACAAAGAUGAGGUCAAUACAGACGACGACAACAGCGAAAGUGACGAUUAUAUGGAUGAUUACAAUGACGAGGAUGAUGACGAGGAUGAUGAUGGCGGCAGCCACAGUGAUGAAAACGAUUCCACAGGCCCUUUGGAGAAAGAUCAAAGCGUCCUACCACCUGCCUACAACGUCGUCCGUGACCCAGCCUCAAAGCAAGGUCAACAACCGCAGAUCAAGACCUCCCCUGUGCUCAACCUUUAUCAACGCUUCCGAAGCUCUACCAGGAGAAAACAGUUGCGACUUUCGCCGCCUCAUCAGUUACACCAGUCUCAAUAUGGUAUAUCAAAGAGGUCUGCAAGACGAACGACACGCUCCAUCUCCCUUGAACAAACUUUGACAAACUCCAAGUUGGUGAGGGAUAAAAGACAGACUGCUCACGUCUUCUGGGACCAGUUCAUAAACAACCUUUUCCCACCCGCUCCCAAGCAACAAGACCCCUCCAGUUACAACCACCUUUCACAGAACGCUCCAGCCCUAAAUACUGGAGAUAUCCCUUUUCCUUCAAACCCAUCGGCAUCCCCAUCAUUUCCAACAGACAUCCUCAAUCCCGCAACUCAGAUAGGCGGCGACUCUAACGUUCCUCACAGCACCCACUACGAUACUGGUCAGUACUCGAGCUCGCAGCACAACACAGGACUCACACAGGACAAACAACAUAUCAACAACAACAUGUAUAACACCAAGAACCCACAACCCAAUUUAUACCCACACCUAAAUUUUGACCCAAAUUACUCGCCCCAGGACAACACAGCACAAAACGGCUAUAACAUGGGCUCCAGAGCAUCAACAAACACAGCACAAAACGGCUAUAACAACAUGGGCUCGAGAGCAUCCACAAACACAGCACAAAGUGGAGUCAACCCAUACAGCUCACAAAACUAUAACCCGCAUGACUACUCCAUGUCAAAUACCUACCGAGACACACCACAGCAAAUGGCAAAUCUGUCUCCCCCAAACAGCGAUCAAGGAAGGCCACAGCAGGCUGACUUGCACCACAACCCCCUGCAAGUUCCCCUGGCGAACAUCCAGGGCACAUCCCAAGUGUCCAAUCUUCACAGCAGUUCCUCGUCCUACCCCAGAGGAGGACGACCACGAACAUUUUACCACAGCCCUAUCGCAGGAUACCCAAACUACAUGACGUACCUCGGCCUGCGAACAGGCUCUUCUUUCGGCUAUCCGGGUGGCGCGCGAGGGUAUAUCAACGAAAACGUCGGCUCCAGCGGCGGGAGCUACGAGCCUGGGGAAUCCCCUUCCCACGAGCUGGCCUCCGACAUGGAGGAGAUCCUCACCAGCUUGUUUCAGCGCUACUGGGAGAACGUGCGGAAAAUGUUCACCACCCAGGCCGUCCCCACCACGCCUGAGAUAGACUUUGAGGAGACAACCACUACCACCACCAUGGCAACAACAGCGACCGCUGCACCACCUUCCACAACACCAUCAUCACCCAUUACAACGACAAAAUCCCAGCCACUACCGGCAGUAACAACAACAUCUUCAUCAUUCCCAGCAAAUGGGAAGGCGGGAACAAAAGCAAACGGAGCUCCUACAAACCGUGCAGGAAAACUGACGACUUCAGCAGCAUCGUCCCCGGCGCCGGCACAGCCAAACUCCUCACAACCUCAAGAUGCCUUCAACUCAGGAGCAACCACUGCCUCAACAAACAAACAAAACAGCGAAAAAACCUCCCCAACAUCAGCUACGCAAACGGUUUAAAUGAAGUUCCAUUUGCCCUUUACAAAAUGUUUACAUCAGAAAAAGGAGCGGAAAAUGUUGGUUCAUAAUGAAGAGUAGCACGUAGGACAGAAACGUGCAUAGUAUGUCACACUGAAGACAGACACUGUCAUAUAAGAAUGUACCAGUGAUGGACAUUUUUGCUUUAUGGCCAUUUGAGUCCUUUGUCAAAACAAAUAGUUGAACAUAAAGCCAAAAUUUGAACUACUCCUAAAGAAAGUAACAAUAGUCAUUAUUCGAACCUGUAAACACAUUCUGUUAUUUUACUUCACAUAUUGCAUUCAAUGUGCUAUACAUCACAAUCGCAUCAUUUUUAUGGUGAAUACCUAAAAACCUGUCAAUUUAGUAUCUGGUCAAAGGACAAGGCUGACAAACCAUGGUGAUCUCUCAAAUAUCAAUUGGAGGUAACAAAAGGCUAAACUUGAGGUCAUGAAAACCAUCCUUGCAGAGCAAACCACAGGCUUGUACAUUUUGAAGGUUUUGCUUCUGGCAUCUAAAAAAAUUUCAUCUUGCGGCUUGUGCAUAUAUAUCGUCGGUGUCGCAAGCAAUCCAUUCAGGUCUGUGUGGGUACUUUUUACACCAAAGACAACAAACGAGUUUUUGUUGGGUGGUCCCUAUCAGAAACCGUGAAAAGAAAGAACAUAGUAAGCCUGGCCGGAGCACUAAACUGCAUUUUGGAGAUGUUGAAAGUUGGAUCUUCGAUAGAGCCUUGGGAGGGUGAAGAACUCGAAAACUCUCCAGAAUAGGGCUUAAGUGGACUGCUUGCAACAGCUUCAAUAUUCACAGUGCCAUAAGAAUAUGUAGGGGGAAAAUUUCAAGGUUUGCUUGCCCUUCUCAAUGGAAGAAGAAAAAGCAAGACAAACUGAUAUUAAAUAUCACUCAUUACAAGAUCCAUACCAUUCAUCUGCUUCAUUAUCACAAAUAUUUUCACAGCUAUUUUGAGCCUCAGUCAGGAUCAUCAUGAAGUGUAGGCAGCAUAAUACAGGUGGACUUUUUAUCUAGAGUAAAGUAGUAGAAUUCUUUCACUGGUGUAAUAACACACGUGGACUUUUCAUCUAAAGUAGUAGAAUUCUUUCACUGGUGUAAUAACACAAGUGGACUUUUCAUCUAAAGUAGUAGAAUUCUUUCACUGGUGUAAUAAUACAAGUGGACUUUUCAUCUAAAGUAGUAGAAUUCUUUCACUGGUGUAAUAAUACAAGUGGACUUUUCAUCUAAAGUAGUAGAAUUCUUUCACUGGUGUAAUAAUACAAGUGGACUUUUCAUCUAAAGUAGUAGAAAUCUUUCACUGGUGUAAUAAUACAAGUGGACUUUUCAUCAAAAGUAGUAGAAUUCUUUCACUGGUGUAAUAAUACAAGUGGACUUUUCAUCUAAAGUAGUAGAAUUCUUUCACUGGUGUAAUAAUACAAGUGGACUUUUCAUCUAAAGUAGUAGAAUUCUUUCACUGGUGUAAUAAUACAAGUGGACAUGAGAAACAACAGUCUAGAGCCUAAAUUUAACAACUGUGCAGAAAAAAAAACCUGAAUCCUUCCCACAACAGAAAUAAUAAUAAUAAUAAUAGAUAGCAUUUGUAAUGCGCAUAUCCCCGCUCAACAGCAGGCUCUAUGCGCUUUACACUAUAUAAGAAUAAAAUGUAGGAUCCUCACAUCUAGCAAUGGCUCCUCUACUGGCAAUGAAACAAUUUGUAAAUGCUCACAGGAAACUCCUAAAGCAAGGAAAUAGCACAAAGAACAGAGACACUUGCAUGUCUCGCUACAAUCAACCAUGACAGGUAAAUAUGCCAAAGGGGCAAACAUUCCACAUACUUCCACAAAGGGGAAAACUUUGAGGACAAGACUGGCCAGGAUUUAUCGUCAGCGAGUGAAAAAUGUGAGCUGCCAUCUUGAAAACUAAUGUACUUUUUCUUCAGUCAGUAAACAGGAAUGGUACAACAAGUCAAGGGUGUUCUUGUAGAGUCAACUCAACCCUCCCACUGAAGAGAUAGUACACAAUAGAUUACCACUUUAGUUUUAUGCUAUGAAUACGUUAGGGGUAAUGCUUAUCACUUAUCUUAAGAUGCCAUUGUACAAGUAUUAAUGAGGGUGAAAUUCGUCUGUUCCAUAACGGAACAAGGAAUGCCAGGCAUCACAAUCAACCAAAAAUAGAAAUUUGAAAUCCAUGUCCAUUCAUGUUAUUUCCAAAGUCCUCCAAUAGCCAGACUUUCCCCAAUUAUUGGAAAGGAGAAGCUGCAACUCAUUAUUAUAACUGCAUAUUAUGUUCCAUUCCUGUACAGAACUCAUAUUGUACAUUGCUUCCUAUCACAACUCUUGUCAAUCUUAGUGUCUUUUGUUCCAGCUUAUUCCAAAGACAUCUUUCUAAACAAGAGUAUUUUCUGACAUCUUCAAGGGGCCCAACUCUUGUAGAAAUGAUGCAUUUAUUAUCUGUAUUGCUUCCAGUUUAUAGUCAUUUCUACAUUGCAUCUGACAUGUGGAUUUCACAAUUUUACAAAUAAAGACAAUCUACAACUGUU